UACAGUGGCCUUUUUGGCACUCUCUCCCCAGCUCUCCAACCCCUCGUCUCCAAGACAAAAUCUGCAGCCGAGAUGUGGAAGACAAUCUCUGCAACUUAUGCCAACCCAAGUUGGGGUCACAUACAACAACUUCGCCUGCAAAUUAAACAAGCUGCCAAAGGAGAUAAGACUAUUGACGAGUACAUGCAGUCACUCACAACUAGGUUUGAUCAACUUGCUCUCCUCGGUAAGCCCCUUGCCCAUGAAGAGCAACUUGAGUUCAUCUUCGGUGGACUCCCUGAAGACUACAAGUCCGUGAUUGAUCAAGUUGAGGGUCGUGAAACCCCUCCCUCCAUCAUUGAAGUUCGACUGUACCACACCCACCUCCACCUCCUCCGAAUCCGAUUCCGACAAUCCCGACCCAACCUCGACCUAUCCAUGAACCAAUUCCACAACCUGUUCCGGCUAACCGACACUCUAUGACCACUCGCAGGAAAAACAAUAUCAUAAAACCCAACACCAAAUUUAAUCUCUAUGUUGCCCUGUCUCGUCAUAUCCCCCCUGAACCAACAACAGUGAACCAGGCUCUAAAGGAUCGAAAAUGGCGAGGAGCCAUGUCCACAGAAAUUGAUGCUUUUGCUCGAAAUCAAACACUUGAUCUCGUUCCUCGUCAAUCUCACUUUAAUGUUGUUGGGUGCAAAUGGUUGUUUAAGAACAAAUUUCUCUCUAAUGGUUCCCUUGGCAGGUGUAAAGCAAGACUCGUGGCCAAGGGUUACUCUCAACAACUUGGCAGAGAUUAUGAUCAAACAUUCAGUCCAGUGAUCAAGUCUACAACUAUUCGUUUGGUGUUGGAUGUUGCAGUCUCCAAAUCAUGGCCUAUCAAACAGCUUGACGUGAACAACGCGUUUCUCCAAGGAACACUUGAGGAUGAAGUGUAUAUGGAACAACCACCUGGAUUUGUCAACUCUGAUUUCCCGGAUUACGUUUGCCGUCUACGCAAAGCCAUAUACGGUUUAAAACAGGCACCAAGGGCAUGGUAUACUGAGUUGAAGAAUUAUUUGGUGGGUGUAGGUUUUGUUAACUCGCUUGCAGAUACAUCCUUGUUUGUCCCUAUAGUAUUAUUUCAUUUGACGCCCCAAGUCUUGUGUCCUUGGACUACUCCGAUUAUGCCUUGGCUGUAUACGAACAAGUUAACUUGGCUUCCCUUGUGGAAGCUAAGCUGGAUAUUCGUUAUUCUAAAAGAAUCGAGAGGCCUGAUGUAUCAAGUCUCAUUGAAGGGAUAUGCAACGUGGAGACCCUGCAUCUUUCUCCCGGUUCUGUUGAUGUGAUUUUUCGAUGUGUUAGACGUGGAAUACUUCUACCGGCGUUCAACAAUCUGGUAAGCUUGUCUUUUGGGAGUAAGAAUAAACGAGGUUGGAAACUGCUGCCAUAUCUGCUUGAGCAGUGUCCAAAGCUGGAAACUCUAAUCAUCCAGGGCUGGAUAGUUACACAGGGAAUGUGACCAUUCAUCCAUCCCAGGUGAAGGUGUUGCGUGUUAUUGGUUAUGGAGGAACCGCUAAAGAGUUGGAAGACUUGAAGAAAUUGAUUGGUGAAUCGGAAUGCCUUGAGGUGGUGCAAGUGGAGGUUGUGCAAGGUGUUGUGGAAGAUGGUGGCGUUAUAUCGCAAACAUACAACGAUCUAAGGAGGCUCCUUGGUGUUUCACUUCCAUCCAAGUGCAAGAUCAUGGUCGCAUAAUUCAACUCCACGAGGAACUUCAACCACUUGAGAAAAUGGAUAGACAUAAAUACCUGAUAACAAAAAUACCAUAAUUUUUUUUCUAGAACACUUUAUAUGCUUUGAACUUUUAAAUCGGAUUUAUAUCCCAAUUAUAUGAUUUUUGGAGUUUAAAAUUGGGUAGCAAUGCCGGAUAUAAUUUGUUGGUAAACCGAGCUAAACGUCAGCUAAACCGAUGAUAGACCUAUUAUUUAAUUAAAUUACACUUAUAAGGCUCAAACGAAGCGGCGCCGUUUCAUAGAUCACCAGUUUCUUCUUCUUCUUCCUCAGCCGCAAUUCCAAGUCGACGAUUUUAGUUAGUCCGGCCGGGAAGGUUUGAUAGUUUCCUGGGAUUUAAACCUAUGGAGUUGGAGUUUGAAUCAAGGUAUGAGAUUAAUCGUACUGUGGAGUUCAUUAUCAGCAAAAGCUUCAGCAGAAUUGCUUUACAGUUUCCGGAUGAGUUGUUAAAGGAAUCAACUAAGGUCGUGAGUGCUCUUAAGAGCAAAACUCGUUUGCUUACCGACAGAGAAGUCAGGUUCUUUGUUAUGGCGGACACAACUUACGGUAGUUGCUGCAUUGAUGAAGUUGGAGCUUUGCAUAUUGACGCAGACUGUGUUGUUCAUUACGGUCAAACAUGUCUAAGCCCGACAUCGGUUCUUCCAGCAUUCUUCGUUUUCGGGAAAGCUCCGAUGAACGUCUCAAGCUGCGUUAAGCAUCUGAUAGAUUAUGCGUCACAGAGCGAUAAGCCUAUUAUGAUUCUUUAUGGACUAGAAUACGCCCAUAUGAUUCCGCAUAUCCGAGAAGAAUUAGGAUUAUCAAAGACUGAAUCUCAUCAGUUGAAGUUCUCUGUAGCCAAUGUCUUGUGUUCAUUUAUUAGUCCAUCCAAAGACCCUAGAGAAUCCAUGGAGCAUCCGAGACCAUAUUGUGAUAGCUUAUCCUCAUCUAGAAACUAUAGAAUGGGAGGGCUAACUUGGGACUUGCCAGAAGGAAGCAAAAUCGAGGACUAUCUACUUUUCUGGAUCGGUUCUGACAGUUCAGCUUUCGCCAAUGUAGUACUGACCUUCAAUGGUUGUGACAUAGUCAGAUAUGAUGCUGAAGACGAUUCUUUGGUGACGGAAUUUUAUCAACAAAGAAGGAUACUUCAGCGACGAUAUUACUUGGUGGAAAAAGCCAAGGAUGCGAAUAUUGUAGGUAUUUUGGUAGGGACUCUUGGUGUUGCUGGUUACCUUCAUAUGAUUCACCAUAUGCAAGCACUCAUAUCUGCAGCUGGCAAAAAAUCUUACAUUCUUGCCAUGGGACGACCUAAUCCGGCCAAACUCGCAAACUUCCCCGAGUGCGAUGUAUUCAUCUACAUCUCAUGUGCCCAAACCGCUCUUUUAGAUAGCAAAGAGUUCAUGUCCCCUGUCAUAACUCCGUUCGAAGCCAAUCUUGCUUUUAGCAGAGGGAGUGAAUGGACUGGUGCAUACCUAAUGCAAUUCCAAGACGUGAUCAACUCUGUAAAAUUAGAAUCAGAAGCACAUAGCGAAUCAGAGGAGCCACGGUUCUCCUUCUUUCAGGGUGGUUACGUAGAAGAUCACAAGACAAACGAUCAAGCUAAGAAUGGAGAAGAAGACACAGGAGAGACAAUGGCAUUGGUACAAAUUGCAGAGAAAGCAUUGCAAUUGAAAGGCAAUGAUCAUAACUUGCUCACUAAACAAACCACUGCAAAAUCAGGACCCGAGUAUUUCCUCAGCCGUGCUUAUCGCGGUUUGGAGAUAAAUAGUGAUAAUACUUCGCCGGAGCCUUACAUAGUCGGGAGAAGCGGGAAGGCGUCAGGAUACAAGCACGAGUAGCAACUCCAAGAAGUUCACUUGUUCACCAAGAAAGAUUUGUGUACUAUUUCAGAAACUGACAUUUUUAUUGUUCUUUUGAAAAAUUGGUUCUGCUGGCUUCAUGUUAUAUUGUUAGAUGAGAGAAUGUUGCACACAUGUGAGAGUUAGUUUCGAAAAGAAACAGAACUAUCUAUCUGUCUUUUGUUAAUUUUUUUCUAAUGUUUAUUGGCCUCUGA